AUGCCGGAUCUCUCUGGGUUGAUCCCGAGCCCUGAUCCGGUUUUCGGGUUUUCCGGAUCUUUCCGGAUCUGCGGGGUCCGGAUCGGAACCCUAGUCCGAACCGGCGACCUGUGCAAGAUGUCACAAGGAGUGGCUGAAACGUCUGUGAAACUCUUCAAUUCUGCCGUAUCAUUUGAAAUCAAACACCAACCACGUUUCCUCAUGCCACCACUUGCCGCCGAAUGUUUUCGAGUGACUCUUUGGGUCGAUCCAGAACCUCCGUGCCUUGCUACAGCUGGCCAGGUCGGGCUUGAUACGUCCGAUGCUGCCAACGCAAUCAGACUCAAUCCAGGCGCACUCGAGCCUGCAUCUGUAUCGAUCGGGGAUUUAUUCGAGAUCGUUCCUCUGGUCAGUCAGGUAUCAUCAAUCCCGGAGGCCUCGCUGGUCACCGCCCCACGAUGGCAACAUGAGCCGGGAUUCAUGCUAGCCAUUCGUCAUCACACUUUGGUUCGCCAGCAAGGCCUACAGCUUUCCAUCCCGAUCGCGAUCGCCAAAGCAUUUGAUCUGGAAAAGCUCAAUCGACAUGAAGUUCUGUUGAGAAAACUGCCAGCUCCUCUCCCUUCGACACACUGCGCCGAUCAUGUCGAACUCUCAUUCCGUGACCAAUAUCUCGGACGUGGUGAAAUGUGGCGGAUGACGAUGAUGAUGGUUGAUAGUUGUGCCUGGGUUGGCCGUGAGGUCACGUUAGGAACGUUGAAAGUUAAAACGAAGGUCGGGCGUAUAUACGUCAAGGGGAAAAGAGUGCUCUCGGGAUAUAUCACUCCUCAUACCAAGUUGAUCUUUCGAUCUGAAAGUGCCAAAUAUUAUAUUUUCAUCCAAAUCAGCGCAGAAAUGUGGACGUUUGAAGAAGAUGGAUCACUCUAUCACGAAAAAGCAAUAUUAUUUCUCGAAGAACUUUUCAGCCGCUGGGCAGGCAUAGGCACUAGUCAUCUCGUUUCACUCAUUCUGUUUUCCAGAGUCUUCUAUUCAGACCAAGAGAAGGAUCAGGUUCCUCCUCCUCUAUUGGUUUCCGGAGAUGGCAGGACAUACAAAGAUUUUUACAAAGUCGUCGCCGAUCUAGAACCCCUAACUCGCCCUCAAAAAGUCCUCGACGAAGUCCGUGACGAAAUAUCCAAGUUUCAAAAGCAUGUUCUCACAUACACCGGUCCUAACGGCAUCCGAAGAUUGGCGGGUAAGCUCUCUUAUGCUCCUGAAGGUAACGUACUAGAAGCAAUGGGCAUCGCAUGCAAUUCAUUUGAUGAGCACUAUAUUGACCGGGACCUGCGAAGGACUGGCGUCUCUAUCGUCUUUGUUACCGCCGGUACCUGCGUUUACCACGUUGAUCAAAUGUUAUUAAGACUAGCGACGGAGCGAUUCAUUGCUCAUGGGGUGGGGGUGGAUUUUGUCAGUCUGGCCAAAAUCCCUUUGCAUGUCGUGCCUCUGUUUAGAUUCUCUGCAGCCGAUCUAGAACCCAAUGGGAUGCCGCACCAGACCUCAUCUUGGACGAUCGACAACUCCCUGAAUCCAAUCUACAUAGAUUCCCCUUCACCUCACGCCCAGAAGUCCAUUCACUACAGUGUUCCAUUCUUUGUUGACUGCUCGUUCUUCUCUCGUCAUCAAGAUCGGCCGUUUCGGAUUGAUCGCUUCAUGCCCAGAUGCCGCCUGCCACAGUUCCAAAAUGGGAUAGGAGAACACGAUCUGACGGGCAUUUCAAUCCCAUUACUCAGCGAGAGCAUGCCUCAAUCGGCAAUCAGCGAUGACGCUGCAGCCCGGAAAAAAGCCAGACAACGUUUUGAUGCUCAAGUGGUAGAUGCCUCCCCAACCCCGCUUGCUCCUCUGCGCGCUACUGGCAUAAAUCAAAGAUCUGGCUCCAGAGCCAUGGUUGACGGCCUGGCUGUGACGGCGGUUGAGACAAAGCGCAAAUUCUCUACCUCCAAACACGAAGAAAUAAACCGUUCGCCUUUACUGAAAGCGACACUGCCUCAAGGUGCAACCGAUUUUUCCCACCUCACCAACCAACCAUCAGCAGGACUGUCAAUUGUACCUAUUUCCAGCUCUGAGACUAGUCGCGCUCGUGCUACCUCUUCAUCCACCAGUGGAUCUAACAAUCCGAAAGCUGGCACCCCGGCCUUGAUAGCUCGAUUAACCAAUCUCUCGCAGCAACAUCGCUCAUUUUGGCCAUGGUCAACUAGUAGUAGUUCUUCGGCGACAAUAAAGGCAGAACCAACUUUUCAAGCGGCUACAAUUAACCCUCCACCCAGCCCGCCCGAAGGCUCUCGAACUUCUCGAAAUGAAGAGACCAAUGUACCCACUGGCUCGGAGGAACCCCCUUCUACCGCUGUGCAAGAUGGAAGUGCUAACGGCACUCGCGCUGGUCGCUCUGAUACCUUGCGGUCUGCUACAACUUUGAUGCCUUUCAUCAAUGCACCCAGGCGUACCGUUUCAGCUUCAUCAAACCAGCAAGACACCACACCGAUAAGCUCUCGUGCCCCGAGUAUUGCUCCCCAAAAACUCAAACACCGUUUGGUCGUCAAGAAAUUCAAUCCUUCUAAUCCAUAUUGCAGUGCCUCCGGGUUAUUAUCGCAGUUUAAAAAAUGGAGCGCGAUCUUUCCACGACCACCUAACAACCAAAGAUCCUUGAAAUGGAAAUCAUUGACCACGCCCGCUUGUCUGCCGAUUACCACGGACUUUGCCCCAAAUCAGGACGAGUUGGAUAAUUCGUAUCUACUGACAGAGUAUGAGUUUCCUAUCGGCGAUUCCUCGAUAUUAGUCAAGUGCUCGAAUGCUACGUUCAGUGCCGAAGAAUCGGUGCGCAAUCAUGCCGCCUCAGUUCUUCGAGAAGCGAUCUCCCAGAGGCUCAGUCAAAGCUUUCAGCUUGUAGUCCCGCAAUUGCCGCAGCAUGUGGCUGAUCUUUCCCCUUCAUCUCGUCCCUCAAGACUCUCCUUGAAGGGUAUUAUCAAAGAGGCUGAGAAAGGCCAAGGUGCUUAUGUAGAUCUUUCACUGAGUGACCAUUAUCACAGACUGUCGAUUCGACGCCUCGAAUCUGGAAAGCCGACACUCUCUGUGCAGAUAUACGUCCGCCACCAAACUUGGAAAACAGAGUCAUACACUUAUCGACCCGCAAUAUGGUGGUCUAAUGAAAGGCCCGGGUGGGAUGAAUUCAGUAUACCUUUCAAUUUCCCUCUCCGCGACUUUUUCGACUUUGAGGCAUUGGAUAAAAUCAUUGUUGGAAUAGACAAUGGGAUACCUUUGAAUGACGGCUUGAAGUACUGCCGUCUGAGAGCGGCUUUCUUACCUAGUCUAGCUAACGUUACGGGGGACUCUGUGUUGAAACCACAAGGCAAGGCUCUCCCUUCAGAUGAUGAAAACCGAUUGGCGGGAAUGAUGAAGCUGCAAAGCACUCUGCGGAACGUCAAUUGGCAUUCAAUCGGUGAUUCUGCGAUGUCAGGCCCUACACUUGAUUUUACCACGUCGGAUGCAUCUCAACAUGUUCGGCAUGAACGUGAUAGGUCAUUGGCUUUCGCCACUCCUACUCGGGACUCACGAGAUAAAUCAAGCCACACGAUCACCUUGAGAGACCCUUUGAAUGUCAUAGUCGAAGCCAUGUUGCAUCCUGCUUCUGGAGUCGAAGUCAAAUCACAACUAGUACAGUUAAGGCUGAUGGAAAACGUAUUCCAGGGCGACAAACUUGUGACAUUUUUGAAACAUCAGUUAAGCCUCGGGACAAGGGAAGAAGCUUUGAACUUUGGACGACAACUAGAAACAAGAGGGAUGUUCAAGGAGGUCACCAACGGUAACCAGCCAAGAGCUCUCAUUGAUGGCAACAGAUAUUAUCAAAUCAAUUCAGAAUAUCGCCCCAUGAAGCCACCGCGGACCUGGUUUGGCAGACCUACUACUGACAAAUUACUCACAAGCAGCUCUAACCCAAAGCCAACUUCGAAUCCUGUGAUCGGACCCUCAGCUGAAGAAAGCAAGCGAUCAAGCUCUGUCAGCGGAACUCAACUCGAACGAACUGUUGCGAACAUGACUCGAGUCGGAAUAAUCGAUCUGGAUCCGACCGGUAAAAGCGAUAGGAGUGAAAAGGCGAUCCUGCUGUGCGACAUCAGUCAUUCACCGUCAAAUGCCUGGCACGUCGAAAUACAGUGGCUUGGCAUCACCUCUUCACUGGUAGAUAGCAUGCUUCAACAUUGGGCAAGAAUUGUCGAGAGGUAUGGGAUCAAGAUGGUAGAGCAAACCUCUAGGAGACUAGACCAAGUUUCAGACUCGAAUCCGCUACAGAGAACUACUCGAAUUGAAUUGGCUGUCAAGCCACCAACCUUGGAUGGCUUGGAAGAGCUCAUCCCCAUCUCCACCUCCCCCAACUGGUAUUUUGAAGGACAGUUGAUGAGAAGCCAGGGGUUUGUACUGGAUGUCGAAGCGGAUCGGAACUUUCCGAGUGAUGUAAACGUUGUUUAUUCGUACCGCCGUCAUUCCCUGGAUUACUCUCAAUAUAUCCAUCACACUGGGGCAGCAAGUGUCCAAGUGCAGGACGGCUGUUUGGUCUGGUCAGAUAAUUUGCCGGCGCGGAUCAGUAACAAUCGGCGGUUUAUUGGCGGCAGAGGCGAACCCAAUUCCUCGGGAAUCGAUGCCAAGCAGUUGAGGAGCUCGCUCAUUAGACUCUGUAAUGACACAGCUCGUUUGAAGCAGUUCUGGGAGGAUUGCGUCGAAAAUCUGCACAAGACUCGUGAUCCUGCUGAAUAAAUUCUCAUACGAUGCGGAUUAAUGACCGGAAGCUUCAAAUUACCAGUUGAAUUGAUUACUCUCCUCUAUAAAACCCUUUGAGAGAUUGGUUCAUCAUUCUACAUCAAACCAAAUCAGUGUCUGAUCUAUGUACAAAUAUCCCUUCAUUUAGAUAUCUUCUCUCUAGCAUCCACAUAUCUGAAGGUCACCUCAAUGCUACUUUUGCAAAACACAAUUACUGCUCCUUCUGUUCCUUUCAGGUGCUUUCACUGCACACCAAACUGUGUUACUUUGCAGUACGACCUGACCCCAAUCAUGUGGCUCAAGCAGUGGUGCCAAAUCUGACCGAAAGACGAACAAUCAUGCUAAUAUUAUUAGGAAGUUGGAAAAAG